CUAGAUAUUUUUUAUGAAUAUAUAAACAGAAGAGGAAACAUUCUCCGAUGCAAUGCAUAUGAGAGCAAUACUGUAACGGCGAAGCUACUGGUGUUCACAUAUUAAUGGCUACAAUGUAGCACCGAUAGGGGGACAAAUAUUUGCCAAACGUGCAAAAGUGGCAUGUGCUGCUCUAUGCUUGGGUCGCGAGAGCGUCAAAAAUGAUUUGGUGAGAAAUAGGAGGGGACGCUCAGUCUGGAAUAACAAGACGAAGGGAGUCGUCAGAGAGAAAGCUAAGUGUGUUACAUGGAGGAACGAAUCUGCCCUCGCCUGAAGGUUUGGAAAGGGCGCGAGGCUCCAAGUCGCAUCUCUUAGCUUAAUUUAGCAUUUUAGCAGCAUUUAAAUGGCUUGGAGUCAUCAGCUAAGCCUAUCUUAGGCCGGGGAAGGGCGUGUAACGCGAGCGGAUAACGGGGCCAGUUUGUAGUUUGUCUCAUCGCAUUACCGCCCAACCUUUUCCUCUUUGCCGUUCCAAGAAACUAAAGUUGUGUCCUUACACCGUAAUUCAUUACCUAAUCUCGUCAUGGGGAAUACACCUUCCUGCUGCGUGGCUUCGAGCCCCAAACAUAGGCGGAACAACCACUCCAGACUGGAGCCCUAUCGACCAGAGCCGGAGCUGAGCCGGGAGGAUACUGGCUGCAACCUCCAGCACAUCAGUGACAGGGAAAAUUUGGACGAUCUGCCGAUGGAGUACAAUCCCUCUGACCAUCCUCGAGCCAGCACCAUCUUCCUUAGCAAAUCCCAGACUGAUGUUGCUGUGCAGAACAAACGAGUUCGAGAAAAGAGGAAGAGCCUUUACAUCAAUCAUUUCACACACAUUUCGGAGAGCAAGCAUCACCCGGGCCCUGGGAGACGGAAGUACAGCUCAUGUUCUACCAUAUUCCUUGAUGAUAGCACUGUCAGUCAACCAAACCUCAAAUACACUAUUAAAUGUGUAGCACUUGCAAUUUUUUACCACAUAAAGAACAGAGAGGUCGACGGAAGAAUGUUGUUAGACAUAUUCGAUGAGAAGCUGCAUCCAUUGUCGAAGUCUGAAGUUCCUCCUGACUACGAUAAACAUGACCCUGAACAGAAGCAAAUUUAUCGCUUUGUCAGGACGCUCUUCAGUGCUGCACAGCUUACGGCAGAGUGUGCCAUUGUCACCUUGGUUUAUUUGGAGAGGCUCCUGACAUAUGCUGAGAUUGACAUUUGUCCCGCCAACUGGAAGCGUAUUGUUUUAGGAGCCAUCCUCCUGGCUUCCAAAGUCUGGGAUGACCAGGCGGUGUGGAAUGUAGACUACUGCCAAAUUCUCAAGGAUAUCACUGUUGAGGACAUGAAUGAGCUUGAGCGCCAGUUUUUGGAGCUUCUGCAAUUCAACAUUAACGUGCCGUCCAGUGUCUACGCCAAGUAUUACUUUGACCUGCGUUCCCUGGCAGAGGCGAACAACCUCAGCUUCCCUCUAGAACCCCUCAGUAGGGAUAAGGCACAGAAACUUGAGGCUAUAUCCAGGUUGUGCGAUGACAAAUACAAGGACCUGAAGAAGCUAUCAAAAAAGCGGUCAGUGAGUGCAGACAAUCUGCUGGUUAUGCGGUGGUGUCCAGCCAUCAUUUCUUAACGUUGGCUGUCAGCCGCACUGAGGAAGUGGAACCUGUCAGCUGACACUGCCUGGUUAGCAGGCAAAAUAGGCGGACAGCUGUCCUGUGGAUAUGUGGGUCUGUCUGCCUGAUGAGACACACAACAAGAUGGCACUUUUACAAAGCAAGAUUGCACCUCUCUAGUUGUUGUAAAUAACAGUGCACUGAACCCGAACGAGCUGAGCGGAACCAAACUCAAGUGUGUGAAUGCAACGAAAUGAAGAAGUGCGAAGGUUGAGUUGAAGUGAGACCAUCGACGUCUGAAGGGAAAUGAGAACAACUUUACAAAGUAGCAGCAUGGCUACAUUUCUGUCAUUUUAAACUUUGUCUGUUAUGUUUUUUUUCAUGAGCUCACAGAGUUUUAAAUUCUUUCUCUUUCAGUGUUUUGUUGAUACCAUAUAUUUCUGCUCAUUCCCAUUUGAAUACUACACAACUUUGUGUACAUUCCAUUUUACAUAUCAGCACCUCUCUAUUGAUUUAUGUAUUUCACACAGUGUUGAUUUAACGAACACCCUUACACCUGACAUUCCUGCUUCGUGAGCCAAGGUUGUCUAAUAAAAUCAGUGUUAAAACCUUCCAGUUGACACCUUGACAGGACUAGUGAACUUCAAACCACUGAGUUGGCUGGCUCAUCCAUCUCAGACAUUCACUUCAAGCAAUAUUCAUGCAUUGCCUCAUUGUUGCAAUCAGGUGGAAUGAAGCAUGCGUACCUGAGUGGAGCCCUUUGGUAUCCACUUCUCAGAGUUCUACUUUAGAGGUCAUGAUGUACUUUCUUCACUGCCAUUGUCCUGACCUGUGGUGCCUCUAAUAACUAGAUAAACUUCAACUCCUUUAUCACUGAUGAAAAGAACAAGUAGUAACUAACAAAUGACUUUUUACCCCCACUAUAUUUUGUAUGGUUCUUCCUGCUAAUGAAACAGCACAAAUGAACAUUCUGUAUUCAGAAACUACUACUAAAACAAACAAAAAAAGACUCUUCAGGUUAGUUUUUUGUUCUGGAGACAAGCUGAAUGAAAUUAUUAAAUGUGAUAAUUAUCUAACACUGCUCAGAUUGUAUACAUUUUGCUAAAUUGUCUCUUUAUAGUGUACAUACAGUGCCAGUGUGCAACAGCUGCAGUUGUACUGUUAGAAUAUUUAUAUUAGACCAGUUUCUACUGUACAUGAGGUGGAUAGCAAAUAUGUGACAAAUCAUUCAAAGAAUCUGAACAGUAUAAAGAUUUAAAUGGGAGCAACCCUCAGUCUUUUGUCUUGUUUUUUGUAACAAUGUUUUCGUACUAAUAAAAAUUGGUCAUUUUAUUAGAUGGUGUAAAUGGCAAUACAAUUUUAGGUGUACAGUUAGUUACUUGCCCCCUAACCUUUUUUUUUUUCUUUUUCAGACCAAGUCUAUGGCAGAAUUGUCUCGUUUUAUUUCAAACGUAUAUAUGCUACCUCUAUUUACGAAAUGAAUUGGUUCUGCGAGUAGUUUCGUAACUUGAAAAUUUUGCAAGUAGAUACGCGUUUUCCAUGUAAAUGCCCUAAUUGUUCCAAGCCCCACAAAAUUCAGGCAUAACUUUUUAAAAUGCAUUAAAAUAUGAAACAAAUACAAGUUCCAAUUAGAUUAUUGCAUAAUAAACAUAAAGUCAGAGUUUUGCAUCAUGAAAAAAAAAAAAAAAAAACAAGAAUAAAGAAUAAAAGUUAAUGCUCAUGCAAAGCUGUCGGAACACGAGGGUUGAAUGAAGAAGACGACUCUAGGAUACACACAAAUAGUAGAGGUCCCUCUUAGCCAAUUGGAUGUCAGGAAUACUAGGCAAUAGCCAAUGGCAGAGAAUCUAUAAGUGUGUUAUGUUGAGUAAACUAAGUAGAUUUUUGCCUUUUCGUAUCCUGAAAUUUCUUUCUUAACAAUAGGCAAUAUUUUCCUGUUCAGGCAUGUGUUAUCCUGAAAAUUCUGUAUGUAGACACUUCGUAAGUAGAGGUACCACUGUAUUAAUUAUCUGGAUCCAUUGUUGAAGUUCUCCCCCUUUUUUUUUUAAACACUUAAAAGUACACAUACAGGGGACGAAAUACUUAAGUAAAUGAACAAUUAUCUAAGGAAAAAAUAUUUAAUGUAAAGUACAAAAGUACUUGCUUUAAAAUUUACAAGUAAAAAGUAAAAGUAUUUUCUCCCAAUGCAAAAUUGUGACAUAUAUACAGAGAUGCCAAUAUUCAAAGAACCAGAAAAUUAAUUGACUGCUCAAUUUUAUUUAAAACUGUGCAGAAAGGGGGGGCAGUAAAAUUGACUGCACUGCAAACAGAAGCUUAACAAGCUCAAAAAACUCCAAAACUUACCUUAAUGGUGGAUUGGAAGCAACUACUAUCAGGUGCAUACCCCCACAUUCUGUACAAGAGUGUGCAGCAUCCAUUAGAAGGCGCGCUACUCCUACUGUUGGUUUUUAUUAGUCAAUAUCUUGUUUACCUGCCUAAUCUUGCUUGUUCUCUCUAAUGCUCAAUUACAGUAUAGUUGCACGGGGCUUAUUGAUGGUUCCAGAGGCAUGAAAACGAAACUAUCAAUUCACAAUGAGGAAAAAAAUAAACAACAAACAAACAAAAGUAACGUGUAACGCAGGUGGCAAUUUGAAAAGUACUGGAGUAAAAAGUACUGAAACGUGCUGUCAAAAGGUACCACUUCAUAUUUGUACUCAAUUAAAGUACAGAUACACUAAAAUCUACUUAAGUACUGUACCGAAGUAGUUUGUUACAUUCCACAGCUGUCUGGAUCGCGCUGGUAAAAUGAUAUCUGUAAAGUUAACACUCUACACUCACAAUGCAUGCUUCCUUGCACAACAUUGAAUUGUAUAUUGAAUUAAUCAAAUAUAGGUAAUAAACAGUGUUGUUUUUGGCAGCCCUUUUCAUUUUUGUCUUCAUCUUAUGGACAAUAAUACUUAUUAGUCUUAGUCAUAUUUUAGUACUUUCAAAAUGUGUUUGUCUUCGUCUAGUUUUUGUUGACGAAAACUCAGACCAAUUUCAUUUUAGUCAAUAUUUACUGUGUUUUCGUCUGUAGAACAAAUAUAAAUAAAGGUUUCCAAAUAUUUCGAAUGAACAUUGACAGACGAGCGUAUAUUGUAGCUUCUACAAGCAUCAACAAAUAUAUCACAAACUUGGUGAUAAUACAAGCAGUAGGAAAACAUUAUUUUCAAUUAAUUAUACCCACCUGACGCCACGAACUCUAUGUAUAAAAAAUAAAUAAAUAAAAAGAUUGCUCACUGUUAGCAUUAACCUAAUGCUAACGGGAAUGCUAUGCUAUUGCGCCGAGUUACAUUUAGUGCGAGAUCACCACUCAGCACAGAGGCUAAAGCAACAUUUCAUAUUUUCUCUUACCAAGAUAAGAAAUCAAAUCUUACCGUGUGCGUUUCACAACAAGCAAUGGGGAGACUGGAGAUUACACUCGUGAGUUGGGGGGGGCGCAGCACGUCACAUGAGUGACGCACUAACUACAUAUAAAAAUGUCACACAUAGUGAACAUGUGUUGAAAACUAUGGUGCAUUUUCGUCUCGUCAAGACAAAAAUUGACAUUCGUUUCGUUAUGUUUUAGUCUCCGGAGACACGUUUUUAGCUCGUUAUCGUCUCGUCAUCGUCAUGAAAAAAUUGUUCGUCGACGAAAUAUUUUAGUUCUAGUCAUCAUUGACGAAAACAACACUGGUAAUAAAACAACCAAUAGUAUAAGAUUUGAUGUUGCUGUAGCAACCUUUUUGUUAUACAUGCAUCCAAAAUGUGGUUUACUCUCAAUUGCCGAACUUGCUUAUUUUGUUUUGAUUGUACAUAUUGUCUGAUAAUUUUAAUCUAAUCAAUUCUUUCCUCAAACAUCCUCUUGGUAUAAAGAUGUGACUAAUUGAUAACAUCCAUUAAUUUUUCCAUAUUUUGGGCAGUCAGCAGCACGUUUUCUGACAAUUCACACAAAUUUGGACUUAGGAUGUAGGUUUAAAAUGUAUUUUUUUUGUAUUUUUUUUGCUAUGUGUAAAAAGAAAUUUGAGUCAUGGCAAAAAAAUAUAUAUAGUUUAUUUUUUUUGCUCAACCAUCCGUAUAUAAUAAUGUGUUCUGAAUACAGUUAUACUUCUGGUGUUGAAGUAGAAAAUGUCAUGAGCAAUGUUUUGGUUUUGUACAGUUUUACCCUUGACGGGUAGCUACCAAUUCAUGUCUGUAUGAUUUCUACAAC